UUGAACCUACAAUCUCCGAGGUUAUCGUAUCACUGACUACUACAGUAUGUAGAUGUUCUAGGAUGCCGAAACAUAUCGCCGUGCCUGGGCGCGUUCCUCACUGGGAGCCCAUAAACGAUUGGGUAAAUCGUAUACCGUACUCAGUACCAAUCGUGCAAAAUUAGCGCUACCGGUGAUGUCCAAGAAACGGAGCGGCAUGGAUACACCGUUCAAGACCAAUAUCAUGGAGAUAGCACUUGCUUCAAAUGAAGAAGUGGCCCAGCAAGUGUUUAUUACUGCAGCAGUCUAUACAGCGCUGAUUAUCAUCAAAACAAUGUUCGAGGCUGUUGGGCGUCUAUUUAUUGCACUGUACGGACAUGGCUUUUGUGGUUACAUGCGCAGCGAAAUGUUUCGUCGGGUACUGAGACAUGGCGCAGCUUACUUUGAUGAAGAAGCCAAUACACCAGGACGCCUGGCCCAUAAACUGAUUUCCGAUACUACUACUCUAAACAGGGUAAGUUUACUUAUUGAAAUAAACAAUUCUAAAUGCAAACCUGCGCACAGUUUUAAGCCAGGGACACAAAUUAUUGCUACAGGCGGACACAUUACCCCUUUGAUCGUCCAUCACUUAUUUGCUGAACUCCAGUGAAG